AUGUUCCAGGAUCAACUUGGACUCCACAUGCAGCCCCAGAACCAGCCACAAAGCCAGAAUUCAGAGCCGACAGAGCAAAUCUUGGUCAAUGUACCCGUAAAGAAGAAGAGAAAGAAAGUGGGGAAUGCGUGCAUCUACUGUAGACGAUCUCACAUGACUUGUGACGAAGGCAGACCCUGCCAACGAUGUAUCAAACGAGACAUUGGUCACCUUUGUCGAGACGAAGCAAAACCAGCCCAGGCAGGCACUGCGCCCUCUGCGUCUGCAUCGACGACGACGACAUCGGCUAUCCCGUCAGCGGCAAAGCCCCUACCACCGCAACAGCAGACGACAAUGCAGCCUUCAUCUCUUGGCGGAUUCGGCCCAUAUGCUACGUCGAAUUCACAGCCACCACCAUCUCAAUCACAACUCCCCGGGGUUCUGUUGCGCCCUUGGACACCCCUCGCCCCUGGACCCCCUGGACAUCUCGCGUCUGGUCCUGGUCCGAGUACAUCGGGAUGGGCGUCUGAGGCGGCUGGUAACGAAUUUUCUGCUCUCAGCGAAUUUCUUGAAACUCUGGACGAAAGACCGUAUUUCGGACAUGGCUCUACCCCUGUUUCUGCUCAUCCCAGCCAUGGUGCUGGUGCUCAUAUGGAAGCAGAACCAUUGCACACCCAGACGCCUGCGAAUGGGUUUAACCACCAAGCGUUCCCUCCGAACACGCAUCAACAACCCAUACAUCCUCCGAAUCCCAAUCGUGAACCUGGCUACAUUCUAUCCUCAGCAGCAGCUGCCGCCGCGGCGAACAAGACCGAACAGUUUCUCAUGACCGCCGCGGAUCAGCCCGGCGGAACAAGAGACGAGAGACUUGCACAGGUUAUUCACGCCAAGUACGAAGCAGGCCUAUUGAAGCCGUACAACUAUGUCAAUGGAUACCGGCGGCUGAGUACGUGGAUGGAGCGACAUGUGUCCCCAAACUCACGACAAGCCAUCCAACAACCUCUUGCGAUGCUUCGACCACGCUUCCGAGCCGUUGCGCAAAACUUGACAGAUCUGGAUCUCAUCUUCAUCGAGGAAGCAUUCGAGAGACUGCUGCUGGACUAUGACCGAGUCUUCUCCGCAAUGGCCGUCCCGGCUUGUUUGUGGCGAAGAACCGGAGAGAUUUACAAGGGCAAUAGAGAAUUUGCCAAUAUGAUUGGUGUCAACGUGAACGAUCUCUUAGAGGGGAAAUUGGCCAUUUACGAGCUCAUGUCCGAAGAGAGUGCCGUCAAUUUCUGGGAGAAAUACGGCCAUGUCGCGUUUGAUACAGGACAAAAGGCCGUCUUGACCUCGUGCGUGUUGCGCUACAAGCCACGAGAGGUGGUUGCGCCACACUUGGUACAGCCAGGAGGGCCACAGAUGCAAGAAGGAUAUGUCAAUUGCUGCUUUAGUUUCACGAUUCGACGCGACUCGUGGGGUAUUCCGGUAGCUAUCGUCGGCAACUUUAUAUCUUAUUGA